ACCAAGGACUGCGUUUUGUUGUAUUACUGAUCGUUUGAAUAAUAUUCGCAUUGUGAAUAACGCUUUGCUCAUUACACAACGGAAGAGGAUUGAUAUACGUUCUGGCGCAAACUUUUUCUUUUAACAAAUAUGGCAAGCCAGACGAAAAAACUAAAAACUGAGGAGUUACCUUCAAAACCAUUCACAAACAAUGGUGUUUAUGAUGAUGAAGUAACGCUCGUAUUUGGAGCCUCUAGAGAGAAGAAGUUGUUUGUUCCGCGCACUUUUCUAUGCGUUGCCUCACCUGUAUUCGAAGCUAUGUUCACGCAUGACUUUAAAGAAAAGAAGCAGAAAAGUAUAACGAUGACCGGGAAAAACUACGCUUUUUUUCUUGAGUUUCUUUUGUGUAUUCAUCCGAGAAUUCAGAAAUCAGUGGAAGUUUCAAAUGUUCUUUACAUUGCCCCCUUUGCGGAAGAAUACCAAGUAACUUCAAUUGUUGAGAAAUGCAAGACCGUCAUGAAUUCCAUGUUAUCAAAUGCAGUCGAAAGAGCGGGAUCAUGUACCGGUAUCAAUAUUCUCUAUCAACUGGAACCAGUAAGAGAGUGCCUCUACGUCUUGAAAUUAGCCGAUACUCUAAACUAUACAGAUAUCGUCACUCGAGCUGUACAAACGAUAGCGAAAUGCGGAUAUUGUCAUUACAGUGAUGAGGUGGGUUUUAAUGCUGAAAGUAAGUUUAGCAACUAUAACCCGAGUUUACAGACGACAGUUGGUCCAGGAAGCAAACAAACGUAUGGAGAUAUUCGUAAAGAUUGCGUUACUAUGUUCAAAAUUCUCCCAGCAGAGCUUCGUUGUAGAAUUUUAUCAGCAAGACUGACUCUCGUCAAUGACGAUAAUUUUAGAAGAUAAUGUCAUAAUUGUGCAUAAUAAUAUUGCAUAAUACUGACUAACUGUGGUAUUUAUUCUGUUCUAUAAACAGUCGUGUAUGUAUACAUGUUAAAUAUUAAAAACACUUAGAGACGCAUAUAUGAUGCAGUUGUUACUGAGUAAUGCUACUUCAUUUUGCAAAAUGCGCAGCACAUGAUGAUAAAAAUAUAACUACACGAUCCGUGACAAACGCAUACUAUGACCUCCCUUUGAUUAAUAGAUGGUGACAAUAUUAAAUCACCACACGUUUGACAGAAAAGUAAAUGACGAAUAUGAAUAACACAAUAUUUCUUUUACCAAAUUAUGACGGGUGACUAGUGAAGUAUAUUAUAUGUUAUUCUAACACAACUUGCAUUUAAUUGCUAUAUAAGGAUAAAGCAAACAGUCAAUAUAUUCAUGAGUGUUCGAUAAAAUUUGAUUGGCUGAUAUAUUUUGCCCCCUACGAUUGUAACGUAAGAGAUUCUACUAUUCUACUUUUGUUCCAUUACAUACGAAUUAUUUCAGGGUAAUACAGCUGAAAACAAGAUUUCAAAAACAUAAUUAUACUAAAAAGUCAUACUGACUUAUGUUUAGGACCGUUACAUACGUUUUGAUCUCUACAGCGAAUUAAAUUAGCUCAAGUAUGAUUCAGCGGUGACGUCAAAAAUGUAUGAUAUGAUAAGUAUGAUGUGAUAAUAAUGUGACGUCAUGUAAAAGUUAAGCUCGUAACUGUUCAUAAAUAGUUUGCGAGCUGUUAGAUUACUAGUUUAUAAAUACUUCUCAAAAGUCUAAUAAAAAAGGAACAAAUAUCUAUAGAUCUACGUUCCAUUGGCUAUGCAACACUUUCUAACCAUGGGGGUAACUCGAAUGACUAAUUACUCUGAAAAUGUAAUACUGUAAAUUGCGAAUUAUUUGCAUUGUUAGAAUCAAAAUAAUCAAUAUGUUCCAAUAAUUUUAUCAGUUAAUAAAAUAUGGGCAGGAGUUCGGAUGCGUAAUAAUUUAAUCACGAGUAAGGGAUUAAUAACUGAUAAAAUAUAGGAGCAUAUUUAUCAUUUCUUAAUUAUUUGUAGAACAGAACAGGACAGAAAAGAACACACAUUUUAUUUGCAUAAAUGCUGGUGUUCAGAAACAAAAACGAUAUCAACCAGUCCCCAUUUAAUGCCCCAUUUAUGAUUAUUAGUCGGUGGUUAGUAUGAUACAGCGCGUUAUAAAAUGGCUGGGUACUUUUUCUUUCAUUUGGGCACAGGACCGACAGAAUGUUUCGAAAUUAAGAACAUAAAAGACCAUUGGGAAUGAAUUAAAAGUGAUAAUUACCUUUCAUUAGACUUUGUGUAAAUAAUACAUAAAGAUGUAAAAACAACAACCUUGAUACCCCGAUUUCUUUAACCGAUAUUACUUAAUUAGUUCAUUAGAUUUCUAUGAAUGAAGAACUAACUUUUAACAAGUAUUUAAGCACUUUAAAUUUAAUAUGGGGUUCAUUUUUGUAUUAUUUUAUAUAUAAUGUGUGUAUCCGUGAAUUAUUUUUGAACAUUUAUGAAAGGUGAAAGGGCCGGGUGUAACCUGAAAUAACAUGUGAAUAAAUAAGUGUACUGUAAAAGAAUUGUGUGAGUAUUCCCUAAAUGAGAUUUUACAUCGUGUUAUUGGUUUGAACAAUUGACUGCGAUAAUAUUUAAUUGUGAAAUUCAUUUAACUUUAGUACAUGUAUUGUUCGUAAAUAUGGACCUGGCACUCAUGAAUAUUCCGUAUAUUUUCGUAAAUUAAUAUUCGGUGUCCGAAAUCAUAUAGCAGUAAAACUAUUCCAUAUAUAUUUCUCUAUUGACAUAAUGUCGCAUGUACUGGUAACCGUGCGGACAACAAGUUUAGCUGUCAGUCUAGGGAUUGUUGGUUUGAGUAAUUCAUUCAUUUUGCCAUUUUUGUAGUAAUUGCUACCAUAAAAAAUCAUUCUAAAACGUUUUGUACCUUAUACUGCUUUCGUCCAUUAUAUUAAUGCCCUCUUUUUCAACACCUGUAACAUUUUUACAGCCGUAAUAUAACUUUAGGCAUAUUUACAGUUGUAACGUUUUCAUUUUUACAACUGUAAUUUUUUAACAGCUGUGUCUCAUUUGCACAUUUGUUUUACAGUCGUUUUACAGCUGUAAAUUGAAAUCUACAGCUGUAAAAUCAAUGUUAUCAUAUAUAAUCUACAGUUGUAAAUUUGAAAUAAUCUGAUUGAAAAUUGUGGCAUAUGUUACGGUCAAUGAUCGGGGGUCCUCCUCGGACAAAUUGUUCAAUUUUAUAACACAAAAUGCUGCAUUUUUAAGCACUUUGAAUUUAAUACGACCUUGUUCAUUAUUGUAUUAUUUCAGUGUGUGUAUCCGUGUAUUAUUGUUGAACAUUUAUAUAAGGUGACAUAUAGGCCCGUUUUGGCCGGGUGUUUAAAAUUUGUAAUAUUUUAUAUUUAUAUAUCGAUGCCAAACACAUGUCACUAUAGUAAAAGAUCAUCUCUGAUACAAGUAACCUGAAAUAACAUGUGAAUAAAUAAGUGUACUGUAAAAGAAUUGUGUGAGUAUUCCCUAAAUGAGAUUUUACAUCGUGUUAUUGGUUUGACUGGGAUAAUAUUUAAUUGUGAAAUAAACAUUUAACUUU